UGAUGGUUUGCGGCUUCUCGAGAGGCUGUGUCGGUGUCGAAACUCCCGGUCCGUCGUCAAGGGCGCCUGUCUCCUCACGGCUUCUCAGUGCGGCAUUCGCUUUCGCUUCGGCAAGGAAUACUUGAGCCCACUCUCGUCGAAGCACCGCGAAGCACGGCGACGAGAGAAAGCACUGACACUGUAAAACAGGCCAAGACAGGAAAAUGGCACUGCGUUGGGGCGUGGCUUGCGCAGGGCAGAUCUGCCAUGACUUCCUGACCGCCAUGGGCACCCUGCCGGCCGGGGACCACCAGGUGGUGGCCGUGGCGGCCAGGGACAUGCAGCGCGCCAAGGACUUCGCCGCUCUGCACAAGAUCCCCGUGGCCUACGCCUCGUACGAGGAGCUUGCAGCCAACAAGGAUGUCGAAAUCGUGUACAUCGGGUCGGUGUGCACCAACCACUACGAGAUGGCCACCAUGUUCCUGCAGCACGGCAAGCACGUCCUCUGCGAGAAGCCCCUGACCCUCAGCUCUCGCGACACCAUCGCCCUCGUGGAGCUAGCGAAGAGCAAACGGCGCUUCUUCAUGGAGGCCGUGUGGAGCCGCUUCUUCCCCGCCUACGAGUACAUUCGCGAGCAGCUGGCGUCUGGCGCCAUCGGCGACAUCGUGCAGGUCAACGCCAACAUGACCAUCCACUUCCCCGAGGGAUCCCGCGUCAGGACCAAGUCGCAGGGCGGCGGCACCGUCCUGGACUUCGGCGUGUACGUGCUGCAGCUGGUGCUGAUGGUGUUCGGCCCCCGCAUGCCGUUGGAGGUGCGCGCCGUGGGCCACGUCAACAACACGGGCUGCGACGACGCCACUGCCGUCGUCCUCAAGUACCCCGGCAACCGGACGGCCAUGGUGGGCACGUCCGCGCUCGCCGACAUGAACAACGACGCCGUCAUCUGGGGCACCAAGGGCUUCAUCAAGAUUGUUGACCCCUUCUGGUGCCCGACAAAGGUUGUAAGUGGAAAUGAGACAAAGGAAUUCCCUCUUCCACCAGGAGCACAUCCCUACUUUAACAGAAAUAGCUCAGGACUGCGAUUUGAAGCAGAUGAAGUUAAGCGUUGCAUUCGACAAGGUCUCCUAGAAUGUCCCAAGAUGAUGCAUGAAGAAUCCAUUACCAUAGCAAAAAUUCAAGAUGAAAUUCGUAAGCAAAUUGGUGUUUCAAUUAAAUGAGAGUAGUAGUUCAAAACCAA